UGGUGCCCCUACUGGUGAGAGCAAGCUUAUGCCCCUUGGAGUAUGGCACUUAACAGUGGCUAGUCAUCACGCGUCUUCUUCGUGGAAUAGUUUGGCGUCAGUACGGCACGGUGGAAAAUAAUGUCCAUGAAUUGGAUUUUGUGUGGAACAGUCUAUGAGGCUGGGCUUGAAUUGGUCAAUUCCUCUCCCUAUCAGUGACAUUUUUGUUGUCAUGCACAGAAAGGUAUUCCUGCUGACUGUUAAACUUGAAGCAAAACAAAGCAGAAAAAGCUGGUCAUCGGCCAAACACUGUAAUGAGGACAGGAACAGUAGGGUAAUGUCUACCACCAACAGGCAGGGGCACAAGGAUUGGACCCAUUGGUCUACCGGAAUAAUGGAAAUUAUUGUUGGAGUAACUGUCAACACGGCACAUGGCUACGGGAAAUUUGGAUUUUGUAUGGAGAUGUAUAGUCUAUGAGGCUGGGAUUGAAUCGGUCAAUUGCUGUUACAAGCUUGUGGAGAUGUAUGGUUCAUCCUCUGAUCCUCUCUUGUGCUGACUGUUACACUUAAAGCAAGACAAAGCAGCAAAAAGACGAACUCUGGAUCCUGGAGAAAAUUUCACACAAUUAUGGCUCUCAUUUCAUGCAUCCGAAAAUCACGAUGUUUUAUUGAUUUCGCUUCUCACUGCAUCCAAGAGCUUCCGUUGACUUGACUUGACUUGGCAUGGCACAGCUGGGCACCUGUCAAGCACUUUAUGAGGAACAAGAACAGAAGGCUGAUGUCUGACUGUUCUUCUGUAUACCACUAGAAAAUUUGACCAGUGGGAUCACCGCCAGAGGCGCGUCGAGUCCUUUUCUAUGACUGGGAGGAUGGCUGUGGCUGUGGCUGUGACGUGUUUACACUGCAUUGGCGCUUCCGUGAAGGCAGGGGCACAAUGACUCGACCCCAUUGGUCUACCGGAAUAAUGGGGCAGUAACUGUCAACACGGCUACGGUUAGUAGGGCACUGUAGAGUGUAGACCACUCAAAUCCGGUGCUCCACGUUUGAGUUUUUGAAAAAUGGAUAUAAACUGAACCGUAAAAGAUGUCUUAUCUUUAGUUAAGGAGGUACUCCCUCCGUAAAGAAAUAUAAGAGCUUUUAGAUCACUAGAGUUGUAAUCUAAACACUCUUAUAUUUCUUUACAGAGGGAGUAGUAGAUAACAGGUGUGUAAACAGUACUCCCUUCUUUCUUAGAUACAAGUCUUUCUAGAGAUUC